UUAAUAAUCACGCAAAUGUUGUACUUUACAAAAUCUAAAAAGUUGUUCGUCUUUCAUAAAAAAUACAGAGCGACCCGUUUGCGUUUUGAGGUGGUAUGAAUCUCCAGUACCGGUGUGAGAGCAGUCCGGUGUUCCGGUGCGCGCGGGUGCGUGAGGAGGAGGAGGAGGGCGGGUGUCGCGCGCCUCGGUGAGUCCGGUUUAGAUCACAUCACUUCGGAGUUUCUCUCACGCGUUUCUCUUCAUCAUGGCGCGAUGCGUCCCUGACACCGGUUCCGUCCCGUCCCCGUGAUGCGCGUGAUGAUGAUGAUGGUGACGGAUGAAAGAUGGAGAAACUAUCCGCGAGCAUUACCGGACUCUCGUGGAGCUCCGUGUCGCUGCCGUUGGACGUGAUCGUGAGCAAAUUCCGCUUACCGACACUCGUGCGGCUGAGCCACGGUGAGAAUGUAGAGGGUCUGUCGGAGGAGGAUGUGAUUUUGCUUCACUCCUGCAGACAGUGGACCACCGUCACUGCCCACAGCCUGGAGGAAGGUCAUUACGUGAUCGGACCUAAAAUAGACAUCCCACUACAGUAUCAAGGAAAGUUUAAGUUGUUGGAUCAGGAUCGGGAUGUUCGUGAGCCGGUUCAGUAUUUUGGAAGCGUGGAGGAAAUUGCAGGAAUCUUUCCUGAUCGCGUGUUUGUCAUGGAGCCCAUCACGUUUAGUGUUAAGGUGGUUUCUGGGGAGUUUACGGAGGAUAGUGAGUUGUAUAAUUUCUCUCUGCAGGCGGGAGAUGAAUUGACUCUCAUGGGCCAAGCAGAACUGCUCUGCGUCCAAUCGACUCGCGAGAAAUCCCGCCUGACGACGCUGCUACGGCGACUGGGCAAAGCAGGCGGAGCUUUGGGACGUCCCGCCCGCACAAAGAUGCCUUGUUUGAUAUGUAUGAACCAUCGGACCAAUGAGAGCGUCAGUUUGCCGUUCCAGUGUCGCGGGCGGUUCUGCACACGCUCGCCGCAGGAGCUGCAGAUGCAGGGAGGCGAACACACUGUGCGCAGCAUCAUUGAGCGCGUGCGGUUACCUGUGAACGUAUCCGUGCCCACGCGACCUCCUCGCAACCCGUACGACCUCCAUGCGAUCCGCGAGGGUCAUCGAUAUAAACUCCUCAGCAUCAUCAGCAAAACUGUCGUUCUUUGCUGCAUACUACGUAAAGAGGAAGUGACGCCAUCGCACUUCCUGUUGUUAACGGACAUGCCGCGCUUCACUCUGCCAGAGGGGCUUUUGCGCGCGGACGCUUCCUACCAGCAGGUGGUACUACAGUGUGCGCUGCGUUGCCAAGAGAGCUUCGACCCAGAUGAUUACUCACGUGCCGUGCGUGAAGUCAAGACGGACUUCUCCGAGGAGUGUCUCAGUCCGCGACGAAUUCGGGUGUGCGUUCAAGGCUACGGGCGUGACGAGUUGGGGACGUCCCUGCAGAGACUGUCUCUGUGCGUGUACGGAGGCGGAGCGGUCACGCACACAAUCUCACAUGGCUGCAGAGACUCGCUGGUCGACUCACACACGCUGCCCUCUAGUGACGGCGAUGGAGAGGAACGAGAAUAUGUCACACCUGAUUGGUCGACUGAGACACAGGAGAUUCCAUAUGAGGAGCUCUGGACCAAUCAGAGUUCUGGAAGCUUUGGGGUGACAUCUGAGAGCGCAAUGAAGGCAGAGCAUAACCUCAUAUCCUUUCACUCCACAACCACGUCAUUGGAUGGAACGGUGGGUUCCGCCCAUGUCUCCAUGGUGCAGAUGGAAGCAGGAAGAGUAUCAAGAGUAUCGACUCCACCCCCAGUUCCACCCAAAUCAGAAGCUGUGAAAGAGGAGUGUCGUUUUUUAAAUGCUCCUCCUGUUCCGCCCCGCUGUGCUAAAGGCCCCGCCCCCAGCCCUCCAGUCCCCUCCCGCUUCCCUAAAACUCCAGCCACACAGACGCUCAACCCAAACCUCUCAUUUUAUUCCUCUGGACUGCAAGAGAGUUCUGCUCCUCGUAGCGGCAGCAGCUCUCCAUCGCCGGACUCUUACUCUCUGUACUGUUACCCAUGCGCCUGGGCCGACUGUGUGACUUCUGACCCCUGCGUAAGCCCUGAUCCCACCCAGCCCGCUCAGGCCUGUUGGUCCCACCCUCGAGGAGGUGGGUCCUACACCUCCAACAUCCUCAAUACACCUCUACUCAGCACUGACUCCGCCCAAAAGAACUACUCCACCUGCCCCAGACCACGGCCGGUGGCGCAGAACCGCUUCGCACCAUUCGGUGCCCUAAACCCCUUUGCCAAUCCGGGACACACCCACGCCUCCUCUGACUGGCUCACCACUGGUAGGAACUCUCCCACUCUAAUACCCGACCUCAUUAGCUCCACCCCCAAGGAGCCUCAAACCAAUCAGGGAGCUUCAGAAUGCAGUCCCGAGCCUCCGCCCAGACCAGUCAAGAAUUCAGAAGAGGACACGGUCACUGUGGACCCCGCCUCCGGAUCAGUCGCCAUGACGAGGGGGGCCGAGGGCGGGGCUGGGUCUUCAUGGCGACCCCCAGCGGAGCUCUGCUGGCUCUCGGUGGAGGAGGUUUCGUCCAGUCUGAGGUUUAUCGGCCUUUCAGACGACGUGAUUGGUCUGUUCAGCCGAGAGAGGAUUGAUGGCUCUAUUUUCACUCAGCUGACAGAGGAAAUCCUGUCGGAGGACUUUAACCUCACUAAACUACAGGUCAAAAAAAUCAUGCAGUUCAUCAAGGGAUGGAGACCCAAGAUAUGAGGGCAGCAUCCUCGUGAAUGUAUAGAUGUUUUUAUUUGAGAGACACAAAAUUACUCCAGCCACAAUGAGUGCUUCUGCUCGGACAAUUUCAGAUGUUUUAUAAGUGUGUGUGUGUGUGUCUGAAAUACACCUCUCUAAUCGAAGGACUGACAGAUUGUGACUAAUAUAUUAUGGAGCACUAUUUGAUGUUUUUAUUUUUGGGGCGGGGUGAUUUGUGUACCUUCAGUGGACAGUCAGAGCUUAUCUUGUGGCCGUUCUGCUGUCUUUCAAGGGUUUACUGACUGUGUUUUGACCUCUUUUGUCUGUUUUCUAAUAAUCUGACAUGAUUGUCAGUUGGAUUUGGUUCAAUCUGGGUGAAUCUCAUGAAACCUGUCAGGAACAUGUCCAGGUCAUCUUUCUCCCCAAAAUCAAAAGCAUAAAUAAAUAAAUUGUCAUUGUUAGAAUGUAUGAAAAUCUCAUUCUUGUUACUGUAAUGUGGAAAAAAGGUUUAAAUAAUAUGUCACGUUACCUUAAUUUAUAGUGCCUUAUACAAUACAGAUUGUUUCAAAGCAGCUUUACAGCAAUAAUCAGGAAAAUAACAGAAUCAGUGAUGCAAAAUUCAUCAAAAACGAGACAAAUUCAAAUUGUGCUCUAAAGCAGCUGUCAUUCUUCAGCUCAAGUCAGUUCAGUGUUGAUGCAGUUCAGUUUAAUAACAAGUUCAUCAAUUAUGAAAUAAGGGCUAUGAGCAGCUCUUGAAAUGUAGGAAGAAAGUGUGUUGCCAAAUUUUACUUCCUUAAUUAUCCCCAGGCACAAUGCGGUAUGCCUCAGGGCUUAGUGUUAGGCCCGCAUCAGUUACGAUAAAUCAUUUUAAUUACAAAGUGUGUAAUGUGUGUGUUACCUCUGAAGUAAAAUAAUUUAUACUAUUAUUUUACUGUAUUUUUUUUAAUAAUAAAAAAUGUAAUGAUAAUCAUUGAGAAUUGACAAGAAACCAGAAUGACAAAACUCAAAAGUAAAACUUCUGAACACAUUUUUUUAAUAAGAACUUUGGUGGGAAGUGUUCAUAAAAACAUUCUGAGGAAAAAUAUGCAAAAUAAAAUUGAUUUUUGGGGGGUGGCUUUUGACAGGUUUGACAAGGUUCAUCCACUUAGAGCACAUUUUUCUUCAUUCCAUCUGCUCAUACUGAGCUCAUGUCAUGCACACAGGAAGUGAGAGUUUUUAGAGACUUAAAGAGUUCAGUUCGUGAUGUACACACUAAUAAGAGCAGUGAGUUUACAGUCUAAAGAACACACUGUAAUUAGGUGACUGUAAUUAAGAGUUUACUAAACACAGCCCACACUGAUGGGAGGAUGUGUGUUUGAGGUGAGUCAGAGCUGCUGAAAUGAGAAGGUUUUAGCCUUAUCUCACUGUUUUUUUAAAAAAUGUUUUAUCAGCAUUUCAGGAAUGUUUAUUUAACAGAUUUCCCCUUUUGUAGAUGCAUGUGUAAUAUUUAACAGCGGUAGUGUUUCAUUUGUACUGUAAUUUCAUCAUGUAUGAUUUAAUCCUGCUGGAUCAAUUACAGAAAAGAAUAAAUCAAUAGUGCUCACUUGAACAAAGA